AUGUUUCGAGUAGUAAAAACCGUGACAGUUCCCGGAUCUGGCAGUGACAAGAGCAGCACUACUCCACCGGCCGUGAUACACCACAUCCCUGACAGUACAAGCCCCGCCCAAAGUGAUGGGCAACCAAUCAGCGAGAGCUCCAACACCGGCCUGCCCGUCCUGACCAAUCACUACGACAGUUUCUCCUUUGGCUCCGCCCAGUUUCGUGCCUCACUCACCAUUCAUAAAUGA